UCCUGUGUGUUUGGAGUUUGACCACUGCAGAGGACAAGCUGAUCUCUCUAAACGAGCCUGGAACAAUGACCUGGGACACUAAUUAACAACAAACCUGAAACACGUUUCAUUUGGAGAAGAUCAGAACUUUAAACCGGUGUUUUGUGUGAAAGCCAUGGAACCGUCACCCAAUGGCGAGGCAUCUGCCCCAAAACUCCAAAACUCACCAACCACCAUGAGGCCGGGCCCUUCUUCCUUUACCUCGUCUGCUACCAUGUCAACCCAAGACUUUCAUAAACCUAAACUCAACAUGCCAACACCUCCAACCACACCCUCAUCUUCUCCUUCCACUGCCUCCCCCCGGACUUCUCCAGGAGUUCUUUCCCGCUCUUCCUCCCUAUCCACGCCGUCAUCCUCCCCGUUCCGUCAGCCUGUGAGGAGUUUCUCUCAGUUGGGCAGAUCUCAGCUCAAUGCAGCCUCCACGGGAACCCUCCUAACUGGAUCCUCGGCUGCUGGAGCUGCUGCCACAGUGUCUCAACCACCUCCUCCCACUCCCACCACACCUGAACCAGAGGAGCCAGAGGAUGAGAGCAGUUUGGAGGAUUUGGAGGCAAAAGCAAAGUCUGGGGAUGCAAAAGCACAAACAAAGAUGGGCCGUUACUUCCUUGCACUGGCAGAAGAAAAAGAUGAGGAACUGAACAACUGCACAGCGGUCACAUGGCUGGUCCAAGCUGCUAAACAGGGCCGCAAGGACGCCGUCAGACUGCUGCAGCACUGCUUAGUAUCCAGAAAAGGCAUCACUUUGGAGAACUUCGAGGAGGUGAAGAAGUUGUGCACAGAGACACGAUUUGAAAGGGGGGUCAGGAAGGCGGCUCUGCUCAUGUACUUAAAGUUGAACCCAGAGAAGAAGAAGUCGGUGGCUGUUUCUGAGUUGCUGGAGAAUGUGGAACGUGUCCACUCAGAGCCAGGAAAACCUGUUUCCCCUGGUCCUCUCAACAGCUCUGCUAAGAAACAAAGGCGAGUCUUGGAGACUAUGGUGAGCAGUGAAGGAAGUUCCCAUGUGGGUAUUGACGAUUUUGUUGAGAUGACGAAGAGGUACGCUCAAGGAAUUGCACCGUCACCAGUUAUGGCUGACGACGAUGAUGAGAUCGCAGUGAAGAAUCCAGAUGAACUACCUCUGAAUCAGAAGCUGCUGAAGUUCCCCCUGUUCGCCCUGCUGGAGAUUAAAGAACACCUCAUCGACUGGGCGUCACGAGCUGGGAUGCAGUGGCUCAGCGCCCUGAUCCCCACACACCACGUCAAUGCGCUUAUCUUCUUUUUUAUCAUCUCCAAUCUCACAAUUGAUUUCUUCAUCUUCAUCAUCCCUCUGCUGGCUUUCUACCUCUCCUUCUUCUCUAUGGUCAUCUGCACACUGCGUGUGUUUCAGAAUUCAAAGGCAUGGGAAAAUUUCCGUGCACUCACAGACCUACUUGCCCACUUUGAACCUGGUCUUGAUCUGGAGCAGGCGGAGACCAACUUUGGAUGGACACACCUGGAACCGUAUUUGUACUUCCUCCUUUCUGUGGUCUUUGUGGUCGUGUCGUUCCCUGUGGCUGAUAAAUCUUGGAUCCCCUGCUCGGAGCUGACGGCCAUCGCUCUCUUCUUCACCAUCACUGCCUUCCUCAGCCUCCACGCCUCAGCCCAGCUCUUCGCUCGUAAAGCCCUCCUGACGGAGGUCCUCUCUGGAGCGUGCUCCCUCACUCACUUCCUGCCUGACUCCAUGUGGUUCCUCAGGGUACUCGGGAUGACAUUUAUCACGGUGCCCCUUGGAGAUAUAGUGGUGUUGAAUGUGGGGAUGCCGUGUCUGCUGUACGGACACCUCUUCUAUCUCCUCUUCCGCAUGGCGCAGCUGAGAGGCUUUAAGGGCAUCUACCUGUGCCUGGUGCCUUACAUGGUUUGCUUCACCUGGUGUGAGCUUUGCUUGGUGUUCCUAAAUAACUCCACAGUCAUAGGACUCAUCCGGACCGGUGUGGGCUACAUCCUCUUCCUGUUCGCCCUACCUGUACUCUCACUGGGCCUGGCUGCUAUGCUCAUGAUCCAGGUGCUGAAGUGGUUCCUGACCCUGGAGCUCACUAAGAUGUUGGUCACAGUGACGGUCUGCUUUGUUCCGGUGGUGCUGAGACUCUGGACUCGGUUCAGCCUCAACCCCAUCGUGGUGCUUCGAUCUUUGUCACGGAGCAGCGUCGUCAAGCUCAUCCUGGUGUGGCUCAGCGCGGUGGUGCUCUUCUGUUGGAUGUACGUCUACAGGUCGGAGGGCAUGAAGGUGUACAACUCCACCUUGACGUGGCCUGAAUACAGUAACAUCUGCGGCCCUCUGGCCUGGAAAGAGUCCAACAUGGCCCAGACUCAGAUUCUCUGCUCUCAUCUGGAAGGACACCGUGUCACCUGGACGGGCCGCUUUAAAUACGUGCGCGUGACCGACAUCGAGAAUGGGCCGCAGUCGGUGAUCAACUUGCUGCCUGUAUUUUUGGGGAACUGGAUGCGGUGCCUUUACGGUGAACCGUAUCCUCGAUGUGACGAGGGGAAAAACGCCACGGCCGAGUCCCAGCCACAGCCGGCCCCUGCUCCUCCUCUGCAAGAUCCACUGUGUAAGCUUAAGAGACUAGCCAAGCACGAGUGCCAUGUCAAACGCUUUGACCGCUACAAGUUUGAGGUCACGCUGGGCAUGCCGCUGGAGAGGAAGGCCAAGAACGGUACCAUCAUAGAGGACGAGGACACCACCAAGGACAUUGUUCUGCGGGCGAGUAACGAGUUCAAGUCCCUGCUCUUACACUUAAACACCGGCAGCUUGGUGGAGUUCAGCACCAUCCUGGAGGGACGCUUGGGCUCCAAGUGGCCCGUGUUUGAAAUGAAAGCCAUUCACUGCCUGUCGUGCGCCGACGCCAGCGUUCCCAGACGCAAACAGUUCAAGAUCGAACACGACUGGAGGCGCACGGCUCAGAACGCCCUCCAGUUCACUUUCGACUUCUUCUUUAAUCCCUUCCUGACCGCUCGGCUGGAGCAGCACUCGGGGACGGAGACUGAAGCAGAAACGGUGACGGUAGAGGACGAAUAGAGAGAACACUGCCAAAGAAAAGAUGCCUCUAAGUGAUGAUAGGCUAAUGAUUGUACGACAUGAUCUUUAACUGCAAUAUUGUUGAGAUACUGACAGAAGGUGAGCGAGCAGGUCCUCAGGCAUUUGUGAUAUCUGAAGUGUUUAUGUGUUUUUAUAGCUUUUGAGCCAAAUUAUGUAUACUGUUAUGUGAUAAACAAUGUAGAAACAUAAAUUAACAGAGAUUUACUAACACUACAUUGAGAAAGACAUGUGCCCUAAUUAUUAAUUUAAGCUGUAUGUCUUUUCCCCAUACCCAGUCUGUUAAUGCAAUCAAUGUAUUUGCCAUCACAUGACACACUUUGUGAUAGAAAUGAUCAGUAUUAAGAUUCAGUUGUUUCCCAUGUGAACAGCUGCUAUUUAGCUGCAAAAGUUACCCCACCUCCCUCUUUUUUUUUUUAUUCUCUUCCCUUUUUAAAAACAAGUGUUUUUGCUGUGGAGCUGAAUUUAUAGGAUCUGUCCUCAAACUCAUGGCUGAAGCGGUUGGUUUUAAGUGCCUUAAAAACCUGUUAUAUUUAAUUUGAGAAGGAAUAUCCUAAAUCUACUUUAUCCUUAAAGUUGCAACUACAACUGAAAUGUGUUUCAAACAGCUGAACGACUUUAUAUCAGUCCUCUGUUUUCUUAUGUCUUUGUUCCCAGUUCCUCUGCUGUUUGUGUCCUGUAGUUUUGUCUCCAUCUCUGCUGUGCAGGGAUUUAAAAUAAUGACCAUUUCAAGUCCCUGAGUGAUGAUGUGGUGUAAUUUUAGGAUGUCACUACUGUUUUCUAUACUGUGACCUAUGAAUAUGAAAAAAACAUUGGCUUUUUGUUAUUUUUAUUAAAAGUGAGUUGUAUUUUACUCAUCUUAAACACACAAUUGAUGCAAACUGCAUGUAACUAGUAUGAAAUGAUGGAACUUAGCUGUUUGAGUUGAAAGCUGGUGGCAUCGGAGGAUGCUGAGUCACUGCCCUGAAAAUAAUUUAGUUAGAAAAUGCUGUGAAAAUGGUACAAUUGUGUGACUGAUGUUAGAAAGUUGAAAAAAUUGGAAAAAACAACAACAACUUGGUUCUUGGACAGAAAACAUGCUAGACUAAUAUUAAUUACUAAGUGUGUGAGAGG